AGUGGAUAUAUGAGAAUGCCGCUAAAACGUCAAACGUUGUGGUAAUACAACACUGAGAACGCUGUACAAACGCCGUGCACAAAAUACGCUAAACAUCCAAAUCGAAUAAAUUAAUCGCAAAUUACGAUCUGAAUCGACCUUUUUUUUGUUAGCAUCAGCAAAAUAAAACCGUCAAAAUAGCUGACUAUCAUCAUCAGACGUCACGGCCCGGCACCGUUGACGGUAAAGUGAAAAUGAAGCUAGCCGAUCAGGUGGUGCGUAGCUUUCGCGUUGCCAAAGUGUUUCGCGAGAACACCGACAAAAUAAAUGCCAUCGACUUUUCGGCAAAUGGUGAACACUUGAUUUCAUGCAGUGAAGACGAUCAAAUUGUUAUUUACGAUUGUGAUAAAGGCACCCAAACGCGAACCGUCAAUUCGAAAAAGUAUGGCGUUGAUUUGAUUCAUUUCACACACAGUCAGAACACAGCAAUCCACAGUUCGACCAAAGUGGACGAUGCAAUUCGUUACCUAUCAUUGCACGACAACAAAUACUUGCGCUAUUUUCCCGGCCACACAAAGAAGGUGAUCUCAUUGUGCAUUUCACCCGUUGAAGACUCAUUUUUGUCCGGAUCGAUGGAUAAGACGCUACGUUUGUGGGAUUUACGUUCGCCUAACUGUCAAGGUGUCAUGCAUUUGUCGGGCCGUCCAAUUGCUGCUUACGAUCCCGAAGGAUUGAUUUUUGCCGCCGGCGUCAAUUCGGAAAGCAUCAAAUUGUAUGAUUUACGGUCAUUCGACAAAGGGCCGUUUGUGACAUUCAAAUUGAAUCAAGAACGUGAAUGCGAAUGGACCGGAUUGAAGUUCUCCCGAGAUGGAAAAACCAUUCUGAUCAGCACCGAUGGCCAGUUUAUUCGAUUGGUUGACGCCUUUCAUGGCACACCGCUACAAACAUUUACCGGUCAUUCAAACAACAAGAAGCUCCCAAUCGAGGCAUCGUACAGUCCCGAUUCACAAUUCAUUUUUGCUGGUAGCGUUGAUGGUCGUGUGCACGUGUGGAACGCAGAUACGGGCUACAAAAUCUGUGCACUAAACGGUGAUCAUCCGUCUGCGGUUCAAUGUGUUCAGUUCAAUCCGAAGUACAUGAUGCUGGCAAGUGCGUGCACAAACAUGGCAUUCUGGUUGCCGAACCCAGAAGAACUACCACAAUAAGUUUUAAUAACUAUCAUCUCGUUUAAGUACGAUAUAAUUUGAUUAAUUAACACAAAAAAAUAUAUUGAAAAAUAAAACGAUAGAAAUAAAAAGUAAAAAAAUAAUUGUGUAAACAAACGAAAACGAAAACGUAAAAAGCAUGAAUAUA